AUGACCGCGGGGCCGCCUUCCUCUCGCCCGCCGCCGCCGCCGCCUCGCCCGCCUCCUUUCCCCGGGGCCGGGGCUCCUCCGAUGUCGGACAAGGCGCAGCAGCAGCCGCCGCCGGCGCUGGGCGGCGCGCCCAUGGAGUCCGCCUCGUCCACCACCUCGUCCACCCCCAGCAGCAGCGGCGGCGGCGGCGGCGGCGGGGGCGCCAAGGGCAAGAAGAGCAACGCGGGCAUCCGCCGGCCGGAGAAGCCGCCCUACUCGUACAUCGCGCUGAUCGUCAUGGCCAUCCAGAGCUCGCCGUCGAAGCGGCUGACGCUGAGCGAGAUCUACCAGUUCCUGCAGAGCCGCUUCCCCUUCUUCCGCGGCUCCUACCAGGGCUGGAAGAACUCGGUGCGCCACAACCUCUCGCUCAACGAGUGCUUCAUCAAGCUGCCCAAGGGCCUGGGCCGCCCGGGCAAGGGCCACUACUGGACCAUCGACCCGGCCAGCGAGUUCAUGUUCGAGGAGGGCUCCUUCCGACGGCGGCCCCGCGGCUUCAGGCGGAAAUGCCAGGCGCUCAAGCCCAUGUACAUGAUGAACGGGCUCAACUUCAACCACCUCCCCGACGGCUACGGCUUCCAGGGCCCGGCCUGCCCGCCCAACAGCCUGCCGCUCGACGGCGCGCCCCUGGGCAUGAUGAACAUGGACGGCAUGGGCCUGGGCCCGGCCCACUCGGUGGCCCACUUGCCCGCCAACGGCGCCCACCACUCCUACAUGGGCGGCUGCGGCGGGGCGGGCGCCGGGGGCUCGGCCGGGGGGGACUACGGCCACCACGACGGCUCCGUGCCCGCCUCGCCGCUGCUGCCCGGCGGAGGGGUGAUGGAGGCCCACUCGGUCUACUCCGGCACGGCCCCCUCGGCCUGGGCGCCCUCGCCCGGCCUCAACAGCGGCGCCUCCUACAUCAAGCAGCAGCCCCUGUCGCCCUGCAACCCGGCCGGCAACCCGCCGCUGCCCUCGGGCCUGGCCACCCACUCGCUGGAGCAGCCCUACCUGCACCAGAACAGCCACAACCCGGCCGAACUGCAAGGGAUCCGCUAUCAUUCCCAGUCUCCGAGCAUGUGCGACAGAAAAGAAUUUGUCUUCUCCAUCAACGCUAUGGCAUCAUCUUCAAUGCAUUCGGGAGGUGGCGGCUCUUAUUAUCACCAGCAAGUCACGUACCAAGACAUCAAACCUUGUGUGAUGUGACAGUAAGCCCAGCUUUCUUGGGGACAGUCAACACACAUACACACGAAAAACUUUGUGGGACUAUUUGUGGGACUUUUUUACCAUAACAGCUCUUCCUUGGGAAACGGAGGACUUCCCCAAAUGCUAGAUUCAGUGUUGCUCUUGAGGUAUAUAAAUAUUCAAGCAAGGAAUAUGCCUUUGAAAGACUUUGAAGAGGAGCAGGAGUGCAUUCCUGGUGCGUUUUCUAGGGGAAAGCGUAAUCCCCAAACUCCAGAUAUCCCUCUUCCCUUUGGGCUAUUGUACAUCCAGAAUUCUGAUUGGAGGACUUUUCCAAAAACCACUUUUUUUCCCCUUUGCCUCCAGGAAUUAGAUGAACUCCAGGUUUUAGGUACAUCCUUUACCACCAAAUCCCAACAUGUAAUUUUCCAUUGUAAAUUCUCUCCAUUUUCUUUCUCUCUUUCUUUUUAAAGAAAGACUUCUAGAAUUCUAGGGCAAAAGGAUGUGUAAUCUGAGGAAGAACCAAACACUUCCAUUGACCCUAAAAGUGAAGGCUUGGUUUCUUUGGAUACCCAGUUUGCCAUCUUUGGGCACAUCAUUCCACAAACAGAGCUGGCCUCCUUUUCUUCUCAUUUUUGGGUCUGUGAGUGAGUAAAAUACACCUAGUCUAUUUAUACUUUACUCAAGGUUCAGGUCAAUGGAGCUAUCACUAGAGAACUCAAAUGGUGCAAACAUACCUUUCCCCCCUAAUUUGAAAUUAUUCGUCCAGUUUUUCCAAGGACGUCCAGAGUGGGUUGGUGGGAAUUGGAAAAACACAAUGACACACAUGAGAAUACAACCGAGUCGAUGAGGUUGUGCCCUCAGGGCCCCCAUAGCGUGACCUUGCAAGAGUCUCUCCCUUGACCAUGUCUGACCAUGCCUCUGUCAUAUUUUUAAGUAUCAACUACAACAUUACCAACAUAAAAAAAUAAAAAAGCACUUUGAGAAAUAAAGGGUUAAAAAAGGAAAAAAAGAUUAACAAGGCUCAAGCUUUUAUUUAUUCAACAUUUUAAUAAAACACAACAGUAGCCUUGAUCAAUCAGUAUUAAAACGGUUAUCUUGUCGGCAAUAUUUGCCAUUGAGACUUUGUGAGUGCAUGCGUGUCUUGAGUGUGUGCGUGUGUGUGGGAGUGCGUGUGUGCAAAAUAGCCAUUGUGAAUGUGGAGCAGCGGUGUGCCAAGACAACUUUUCUCUAUGUUUUAUAUAUAAUUAUAUAUAAAUAUAUAAAUAUAAAUGAAGGACUCUCGUCUUCUAUAUAUUUUUUUUGUUUGCCUAACUGUACAGUUCAGUGACACACCUAUUUUAAAUUACAUUCUGCACUGUAUUAAAGUGUAAUUACGGUGGAAGGGCUUAGACCUCCCCCCAUUUCUUUAUGUGUGUGUUUGUCCUUUAAAAAAAAUUAGAAUGCAAAUAAACGAUGUAUGGUGUUCGUA